UCGUGUCAAGUGCGCACGGAGACCAACGGGACUAUUCUCGGUUGUCCGCGAGUUCUCUCAUCGCCGACGACCACCGACAACAUCGUUUUCCUCAACAACGCUCAUCUCCAGGAAUAAAAUUCGAAAAGAAGAGUGACCAAAGGCCAAAGAUGUGGCUGCCGAGGUUGUGCUUCCUACUGGUUCUGAUAGCCGUAGCAAAAUGCGGUGGUUACAAGGAAGAGGAUGCCUCGUCUGUCUUCCUCGAGGCGGCAAAAUCCUUUUUCGCGAACAAGGAAAAUAUCUCCUACUUUCUUCUUAGAAAAGAUUUUAUUAAACAGGCCACUGCCCCGUUCGAUGGAAAAUCUAACCUAGAUGGCAUCGGGCAGAUCGUGUCGGGCAUAGGAACGUUGUUCUCUGGCAGCGAGAACGGCCAAGGAAACGAUUUCUCGAUGUUCGAGUCGGUUCUCAACGGUGUAAUGAACUCGAAUAAAAAUGGCAGAAGAACUGGUAGAAGCGUGGAAACGAAGGAGCAAGCCGAAUUCGACCUGGAGAACGUGGUGAACAUGGGAAUGAAACUGAUGAGUUCGAAUGGGAACGCUAACUUGGUAAUGGGGUUGAUACCGAUGAUGUUGUCGAAUCUUGGCAGUGAGAGCAACGAAGUCGACGGUAGACCUGAGAAAGCGCAGCACGAUCACUCGGGGCACGCUUGGUAUAUGCCGCCGAUUUUAGAAAACUUGCACGUGAUGUGGGAACAUUUCAGUAACUCGGAACUGGGUCAAACGUUGUGGAAGAAAAGCGGUCUGGCGCAAUUUGUCGGCCAAAUGUCCGACCCGGAAGGACGUAUUCAGUAUGAGAAACUGCUGGACAGUUUCGAAAUCCCAAGGCUGCGUCACAGAUGGAUACGAUCGCUGACGAAUUACAUCGGAGAGUGGAUCUCUCAUAUCUCCGAUCCGCAAAUUCAACAGCGUUAUUUGAGCACCGUCCAGUUCGUGGGAAACGGUUUCUUAAAGUCGCAAGGCUUCCCCAAGUCGGCCAUGUUCGAUUCGACGAGGCCGGUGGAAAGUCUCUCCAGGUUAGUGAACGCAGUGGGGAAAAGGCACCUAGGGAUGAAGAUGGACAGUUUGCAGUAUAUUAAGCCCGCUGUGGCGUACAUUCAGGAAUUAAUUGCUCUAGCUUCCGAGAAAGGAUUCAUUAUGUCUCGUGUGAAUGCCAGAGAGAUCAGCAACAGGCUCAGCGACGUGAUUAACAAUGACAUUAUCAAUUCGAUAUUAAAGUCUUAUCGCGCUUACAAAUGGGCAAUCAAGAGGCCGGAAUGUGCUAGUCAGAUCUUAUGUUCCGUGAAUGAAAGAAACGAAGAGGACAAGGGACAAUCCCGGCUGCGAAGUGGUUUGUUGAAGGUGUCUAGUUUCCCUGCUGCAUGGGCCGUUAGCAAUAAGUUAGGAAUUAAUUUCUGGAACCUAUACGGGGCAAUCAUGGAACACGACAAUUGCACUCAAAAAUAUCCAGCUGACUGUACACGUUUUCACGAAGAGGAGAUCAGAAUUACCACGGAAAACAUUCAUAGUGAACUUUAAUUUUUAAUCCAGUGUAUUCAGUGAGAGACAUUUGCGAUUUUCCGAAUCAGUUAUUUUACGAACACCCGGUCAUAUUCCAUGACUCUUGUUCUAUCUGUAGCUUGCAAGACCACUAUGCGUUAGGAAAAAGGAAAAGAAAGUGGAAAAGCCGAUUCACUGGACAGAUUGAAGGAAGGUUAAAGACGUUUUAGUUUUCUUCUGUAUAUAUAGAAAAACAAUUACGGACAAAAUCGUCGAAUAAGUAGAUCUUUAGUUUUACGACUCGUUUAUUUAUCUUGAAC